AUGUCUGUCUUUGCGAAUUGUGCGAUAUUUUUCGGUAUUUUUUUUGGAGAAUGGAAAAUUGUAGACUCGUCCAGAGUUCUGGUGGUUUCACCUUCACCGAUACACAGCCACCAGGUGCCGUUCCAGGCACUUAGCAAGGAGCUAUUGCGCCGUGGACAUCAUGUGACUAUCCUCACCACUGACCCUCUCUACCCCCCAAGCCAAGCAACCCAAAACAUCACCGAGAUAGACCUUCACAACGUAUCUUACAAAAUUUGGACAUAUGGCUACAGAAAAGUGCACCUAAAGCCUGGUAAUCCAAAUGACUUCAAAAACCAAAUAAAAACAGCUUAUGAUGUCAUGUAUGAUUUAUUUCCAAAACAAAUGAAGACAGAAGCUGUGAAAGAUUUAUUAGCUGAUAAAACUCAGAAGUUUGACCUUGUAAUCAUAGAAGCUUGGGUGUACCAAGCAUUGGCACUGGCUCACAUAUACAACGCACCUGCAAUUUUAUUGAGUACAAUGGGAAUCGAGGAUGAAAUGUAUGAAGAUGCAGGCGUCCCUAUACAUCCAAUUAUCUACCCAGAUGUGUGUUAUACUCGCCGUUAUAACCUUUCCAUGUGGGAGUAUGUGAAACAUUUGUAUAAUCGUGUCAGUAUUCACUAUAUGCAGAAGAGUCUGAUAGAGAAACAAGACAUGAGAAUGAAGGAGAUGUUUGGUGCUGAUAUGCCGUCAGUGAGGGAAAUGAGAAGGGAAGCGGUGGCGCAGUUAGUGAGUUUGCACCCUGUGUGGGAGGGCUACCGACCGCUGCCUCUGAAAAUAGUGCAUAUUGGGGGGCUACAUGUCGCGCCGCCGAAGGAAUUACCUAAGGACAUAAAAUCAUUGAUGGACUCAUCUAAACACGGCGUCAUCUACAUGAGUUUCGGCAGCCAAAUGCACCCAGCUGUCCUACCAGCGGAUUGUUUGGAGAUAUUCGUUCGCGUGUUCUCAAAACUCCCGUAUGACGUGAUUUUGAAGUCGAAGGGCGAUGCACCGGCGUUCUCCAGCAACGUGCACACCUUCUCUUGGCUGCCACAGCCUGACUUGCUACGACAUGAAAAGCUGCUCCUCUUCAUCACGCAAGGAGGUCUUCAGUCAACGGAAGAAGCAUUACGAGCUGGUAUCCCGCUGCUGGGUAUGCCUCUGAUGCUCGACCAGUGGCUUAACGUUGAGAACUACGAACGGCUUGGUGUGGGCUUGGGGUUAGACCUGCAUACACUAUCGGUGACUCAGCUGAGGGAGGCCAUUGAUAAACUCAUCAAUGAUAAGCGUUACCGCGAAAACUCAUUUCGGGUAAGCCGAGAGAUGCAAGACCGACCGCAGACUUCACUCCAACGCGCUGUAUGGUGUGCAGAGAGAGCCAUGCGUCUACACGGUCGCCAGAUGCCUACACCACCACCCUCUCUCACUUGGGACGAAGUUUUAGAAACCCUACUGUUAGCUAUUGUUAUUUUUCCUUUGACAAUUAUAUUGGGUGCUAUCUUUGUUUAUCGGAUGUUAAGGAGUUUGGGGUUGAAAGUUUUGAGGGUGUGUAAAAGAUUGAUGAUUGGAGCGCGCCGAAAUUCUUCGUAUUAG